AUGUGGGAAUGGGGAAAGAAAGAUGAAGAAAAGGGAGUCAAGUUCGAUUCUUCAGAACUCGACAUGAAACUUAGGCAUGCUAUCUAUGAUAAGAAGAAGAACACCUUUUCUAAUCAAAAUAUUGAUGAAACACAAAUCGUUCUUAAAUUGUCAGAAAAUUUUGACAAUACUGCAUUCACUUCCGAACCACUACCAGAUGGAAUAAUCUACGGAAUAUCAACACAGGAUAUAUUGAUACAAGAUUCAUACUUGCAGAUGAUUGAAGAGAUUGAAUGUGAUCGUAAAGAUGGAGUAACAAAAGGAUGCACCCUAAUUGGAUCACCUGGCAUUGGAAAACUCCUUAAACUUAUAAUAAGUCACUUAAUGAUAAAGUCUGCUUGUUCUGAAGGAGGAACUGGUUAUGUACCUUCUUUAUAUCUUGCUUUCUAUCUAACUCGUCGGUAUACCUCAGCAAAUAUCAUUUACCAACAACCAGAUGGAGGAAAUGUCACCGUUACUCUUCUUAUUAAUCAACAAAACAGAAGUGUAAUUAAAUUUCCUGGUGGUUUGGAGAUGAAGACCCAUACAAAAAAUAGUUUCUAUAUUGCAGAUUCUAUAGCUCCUUCAUUAUGUAAAACAAUAUAUACAUUUUUGAGAAGGAAAUUUGGGAUGUUUGCGAAUGGAAUGAGUAGUAUAGGAAGCAAAUAUCUAAAGCUCAAGUUAAGGAAUUGGUUAGGAUAUGGGGUUGCAUACCAUGAAGAAAGGGGUGAUUUAAAUGAUAAUUAUACCGGAAAAGCAAUAUACAUUACUCCUAAUUCUGAUUUUACAGAUAGAAAAUAUGUUCCCGUUUCAACAGAAAUAUGCGAGGCCAUGUACGGACAUCAUGAAAGAAAAGCUUAUUGA